AUGUCGGCCCGUGUUCCGGUUCUUCUUGUGCUUACCUGUCUGCUCGGGUACUGCCUACACGGCGUGGCCGCCGACUGCUACCAGUGCACUGAGGGAGCAGUAGCUCUCAUACCGGAUUUGUACACUAGUUAUUUUGAUCUUCACGGUAACAUGACCAUCAGCGAGGACUGCAAGGUCAUCGCGGAAACGACGAAGACGUGCCCGGGCAACAAGUGCAUCUACGCGUUCGUCGAUUCCAGCCUUGUCGGUUUCAUGCACAUCCGGAACUGUGCCCCGCCAAAGUACCUGGAGAAUUGGGAGACCGGACGUCGAGUCGUUAAUGGCUCCACCUGGUUCCACGCCUGCGAGAGUGAGCGCUGCAACAAGUUGCAACUCUGGGAGUUGAAGGCGGGCGUGAUGAGGGCCGAAGAUGCCUCCAGUGACUCAUCCGCCAUCUUCACCAUGUACCCCGCCAUCGCCCUCCUCAUCGCGAUUAUGCCAUCUUUCUUC